CUCUUCCCAAACCACCACCACCCUUUUGUCCCUGACGAUUAUUUGAAUCCAGUCCAUGUUUUUGUUUCGCUCGGAUUUUUUUUUUUGUGCUUGUUGUGUGUGUGUGUGUGUGUGUGUGUGUGAGUGUGUGAGAGAGAGUGUGGUCGGGGUAAUUCUCCUUCACUAGUGUCUGGAUAAAGAAAGACUAGGUCAGCCAUGUGGAUGCGUCUGUUGAACAGCUGAAGAGGAGGAGGAGGAGGAGGGGUUCACAGAGACGGAGGGAGCGAUAGGGAGGACGUGAAGUGUGUGUGUGCAUAGGGAAGAGAGGGAGAGAGGAGAGUGUGUGUGUGCGUGUGUGAGUGUGUGUGGAAAAAGGAAGCGGAGCCUGUAAACGGCGAACUCGCUGGCUUCCUCCUCACCCCCCUCAUUCGCAACAACUAGCAGCGCCGCGUUACUUUUCAUGUGGACACUAUCACCGACUGCUACAACAACAACAACACGGCCGAGGGGAAUAGGAGCAGUCCGGAGGAGAAGAAGAAGAAGAAGAACAGGGGGCUGCUGCUGCGAACAUGAGUCUAUCAGUAAAGUGAAACCGUCUUUGUUGGAAGCAAGUGCUCGCCCGAGUCCCUCCGUGCGGGCAGCGUGCUGUUUCACAAGAAGUGUGCGUGUUCGCCUCACUCUGUCCCGGGUCUUGGAUUUGGCCCAGCUCGCUUUCUUUAUAUAUAUUUUUUGAAGUUCGGUGGGUCAUCUCGGGCAAGGCUCGCUUUUUUUCCCCCAACUUGUUUGCAGCAGUCUUUGGGACUCCCCACGAAUCACCAGACUGGCGGCUUUUCUGAAACACUGGGGUUGUUGGUGUGGCCAAAUUUUCCCUGGAUUUGAUUGGUAAAUUCAGAAGACUGAAGCCCAGGCUCACAGUCUACCUUUCACGGAGGCCCAGCCGUGAGAGGACUGAGGAAGGCACGUGGCGGAUCAUGACGGCCGACAAAGAGAAGGAGAGGGAGAAAGAGCGGGACAGAGACAGAGACAGGGACCGGGAUAAGAGAGAGGCUGGCAAGUCCCGCCGGCAGGACGGGGACCGAGGAGACCGUGAAAGUGAGAGCUCCAGGCCCCGACGCAGUUGCACGCUGGAGGGCGGGGCCAAGAACUAUGCAGAGAGCGAACACAGCGAAGAUGACGACAACGGCAGCACGGGCGGAGGCACAGCUGAGGAGGCCGGCAAAAAGGGCAAGAAGAAGACGCCCAAGAAGAAGUCACGCUACGAGCGUACAGAGAACGGGGAAAUAACAUCCUUCAUCACAGAAGACGAUGUUGUUUACAGACCUGGAGAUUGUGUGUACAUUGAGAGUCGGCGGCCCAACACACCCUACUUCAUUUGUAGCAUUCAGGAUUUCAAGCUGAGUAAACGGGACCAUCUGCUGAUGAAUGUGAAAUGGUACUACCGCCAGUCAGAGGUGCCCGACUCUGUGUACCAGCACCUGGUGCAGGAUCGCAACAAUGAGAACGACUCUGGCCGGGAGCUGAUUAUCACAGACCCAGUGGUCAGGAGUCGAGAACUCUUCAUCUCUGACUAUGUGGACACUUAUCAUGCUGCUGCUCUCAGGGGGAAAUGCAACAUUUCCCAUUUCUCCGACAUUUUUGCUGCCAGGGAGUUCAAAGCCCGCAUCGACUCCUUUUUCUAUAUCCUCGGAUAUAACCCAGAGACCAGGCGACUAAACAGCACGCAAGGAGAAAUCCGAGUGGGACCCAGCCACCAAGCUAAGCUUCCAGAGCUACAGCCUUUCCCCUCCCCUGGUGGUCACGCUGUAACUGAGAAUGAGGAGCUGGUCUGGAUGCCAGGGGUCAAUGACUGUGACCUUCUCAUGUACCUCAGAGCCGCAAGGAGCAUGGCUGCCUUUGCAGGGAUGUGUGACGGAGGCUCGACUGAAGACGGGUGUCUAGCAGCCUCUCGAGAUGACACUACAUUAAACGCACUUAACACUCUUCAUGAGAGCAGCUAUGAUGCAGGCAAGGCUCUCCAGCGCCUAGUGAAGAAGCCAGUACCCAAACUGAUAGAGAAGUGCUGGUCUGAGGAUGAAGUGAAGCGCUUCAUUAAAGGAUUGAGACAGUUCGGUAAAAACUUCUUCAGGAUCCGGAAAGAGCUGCUGCCCAACAAAGAAACGGGAGAGCUAAUUACCUUCUACUACUAUUGGAAGAAGACCCCAGAAGCAGCCAGUUGUCGAGCCCACCGCAGACACCGCCGCCAGCCCGUCUUCCGCCGCAUCAAGACACGAACUGCUUCAACUCCUGUCAACACUCCCUCACGUCCUCCCUCCAGCGAGUUCUUGGACCUCAGCUCAGCCAGUGAAGAUGACUUUGACAGCGAAGACAGCGAACAGGAGCUGAAGGGCUACGCCUGCCGCCACUGUUUCACUACCACCUCUAAGGACUGGCACCACGGGGGCCGGGAGAACAUCUUGCUGUGCACAGACUGCCGUAUUCACUUCAAGAAGUACGGUGAGCUGCCCCCCAUCGAGAAGCCUGUGGACCCGCCACCAUUUAUGUUCAAACCUGUCAAAGAGGAAGAGGAUGGACUCAGCGGGAAGCAUAGCAUGAGGACCCGACGGAACCGAGGCUCGAUGUCAACACUACGUAGUGGUCGUAAGAAGCAGACAGCUAGUCCUGAUGGCCGAGCCUCGCCUACUAACGAGGAUUUACGCUCCAGCGGACGUACCUCACCCAGCGCGGCAAGUACCGACAGCACUGACAGCAAGACAGACUUAAUGAAGAAGCCAAGCAAGAAGAUUAAAGAGGAGCCUCCUUCACCUUUGAAAAGUGCCAAACGGCAGCGAGAGAAGGGAGCUUCAGACACAGAGGAGUCAGAGAGAACCAUUGCCAAAAAGUCCAAGACACAAGAACUCAGUCGACCAGACUCACCCUCAGAGUGCGAGGGUGAAGGUGAGGGGGAGGGCGAGAGCUCUGAUGGGCGCAGCAUCAAUGAGGAGCUUAGUAGCGAUCCUAAGGACAUUGACCAGGACAACCGGAGCUCCUCCCCGAGCAUCCCCAGCCCCCGUGACAAUGAGAGUGAUUCGGACUCCUCUGCCCAGCAGCAGCAGCUCCUGCAGAGCCAGCACCCUCCAGUCAUCCUGUGUCAGCCAGGCACCUCAGCAGCCUCCUCGGCACCUCCUCCACCUGCGACCUCAGCCCCCUCACUGCCCCCACAGGUUUCCCCCACAGCGGCCUCCACCUCUCUACCUCCCCAGCCCCUGCCCCAGGCUAGCCCGAUGUCUCUUAUCCAGUCAGGAGCGUCCCUUCAUCCUCCGAGGCUUCCCUCUCCACAUUCACCUCUGACUCAGGCUCCUCCUCCUGGCCCCCAAGUCCCACCUCAGUCAUUACCCAGCUCGCACCAUGGGCCUAUGCCUCCCAUGCCGCAUCCACUGCAGCCCGGCCCCUCACACAUGCCUCACCCUCAUUCCAUGGCCCCUCAGGGCUUCCCUGGGGGUCAGUCUCAGGUCCCACCCCUGCCAAUCUCUGGCCAAUCACAGCAGAGGUCGCACACACCUCCUUCCCAGUCGCAGUCAUCAGCUCAGAGUGGAGGCCAGCCUCCCAGAGAGCAGCCCCUGCCCCCUGCCCCCUUGUCCAUGCCUCAUAUCAAGCCCCCACCAACCACACCCAUCCCUCAGAUACCCAACCCACAGUCCCACAAACAUCCACCUCAUGUGUCUGCACCUCCAUUUCCUCAGAUGCCUUCAAACCUGCCUCCACCGCCUGCCCUCAAGCCCCUCAGCUCUUUACCCACCCACCACCCUCCAUCAGCACACCCACCUCCACUACAGCUCAUGCCUCAGGGGCAGCAGCUUCAGCCUCCCCCAGCCCAGCCUCCAGUUCUCACCCAGUCCCAGAGCCUCCCACCAUCAGCCAGCCACCAGCCUCCUCCAGCCCCUCCACUGCCACCCUCCGCAGCAGCCUCACACCCCAACGGGCCACCGCAGCCGCCAUUCUCAUCCCAUCCUUUCAAUACAGUUCUACCUCCAACCGGCCCUCCCUCAUCAUCAUCAUCAUCAUCAUCAUCAUCAUCAUCAUCAAACUCUAUGCCUGGCUUACAGCCUCCAUCUUCCUCUGCUCCAUCCUCCUCCAUCUCCAUGCCGCUGCCUGCCUCAGUCACUUGUGCCGGCCCGGGCCCAGCACUCCCACCAGUACACAUCAAAGAGGAGCCUUUGGAUGAGUCAGAAGAGCCCGAAAGCCCCCCACCCCCACAGAGAAGCCCCUCCCCAGAGCCUACUGUCGUCAAUAUACCCAGCCAUGCCAGCCAGUCAGCACGGUUCUACAAGCACCUGGACCGAGGUUACAACUCGUGUGCGAGGACAGAUUACUACUUCACUCCCCUGGCAUCAUCUAAACUGGCCAAAAAACGAGAGGACGCUCUGGAGAAAGCCAAGAGGGAAGCAGAACAGAAAGCAAGGGAGGAGAAGGAGAGGGAGAGGGAAAAAGAGCGAGAACGAGAGCGGGAACGGGAAAGGGAAGCUGACCGUGCUGCGAAAGCCUCAAGUUCCUGUCAUGAUGGUAGGAUGGGUGAACCUCAGAUGGUCGGCCCCGGCCACAUGCGCUCACCCUACGACGGCCCCCCCACUACGAUUGCAGCUGUACCUCCGUACAUCGGCCCUGAUACCCCCGCCUUGCGCACCCUCAGCGAGUACGCCAGACCCCACGUCAUGUCCCCCACCAAUCGCAACCACCCCUUCUUUGUGUCCCUCAACCCCGCAGACCAGCUGCUGGCCUAUCACAUGCCCAGCUUGUACAACGCUGACCCGGCCAUGCGGGAGCGCGAGCUUCGAGAGCGGGAGAUGCGUGAGAGGGAGAUUCGCGAGAGGGAGCUGAGGGAAAGGAUGAAGCCAGGUUUCGAGGUUAAGCCUCCAGAGAUGGACACACUCCACCCUUCUACAAACCCCAUGGAGCACUUUGCCCGGCAUGGGGCCAUCACGUUGCCCCCUAUGGCCGGCCCUCACCCAUUCGCCUCCUUCCAUCCGGGCCUGAACCCAUUAGAACGUGAGCGGUUAGCCCUCGCUGGGCCCCAACUGCGGCCAGAAAUGAGCUACCCAGAGAGGUUGGCUGCAGAGAGACUCCAUGCUGAGAGGAUGGCCACAGUGGCCAACGACCCCAUCGCCCGUCUACAGAUGUUCAACGUUACGCCGCACCACCACCAGCACUCGCAUAUUCACUCCCAUCUUCACCUCCACCAGCAAGAUCCUCUUCACCAAGGUGGUGGUGAAUGUCUUGUGUGUCCGUCAGGUUCUGGGGGCCACCCCCUGGCAGUGGACCCCCUAGGAGGUGGACCCCACCUGGCCCGCUUCCCUUAUCCGCACGGCGCCAUCCCCAACCCGCUCCUCGGCCAACCGCCACACGAACACGAGAUGCUGCGCCACCCAGUCUUCGGUACGCCAUACCCCCGGGAACUACAAGGAGGUCUGCCGCCGCCCAUGUCCGCAGCCCACCAGCUGCAGGCCAUGCAUGCACAGUCAGCGGAGCUCCAGAGGCUGGCCAUGGAGCAGCAGUGGCUCCACGGACACCAUCACAUGCACGGAGGACCACUGCCUGGCCAGGAGGACUACUACAGCCGGCUGAAAAAGGAGAGCGACAAGCAGCUGUAACAAGCCGAGGGAGGAGGCGACACACAGGUGCAGGACACAGGAAGUUGUUACAGAGCGGUCUUGCAGAGUCUCUACAGGCUCCUCUUGACACAUUCAGUUUGGAAGAACAGAAAAGGCCAAGUGGAUCGUCUGAGAAGUCCCCUGAUAUUUUGGUUUUUGUUCUUAUCAAGGACUUUUUUUUUAUUAUUAUUUUUCAAGACAUUGACUUUCUUUGGUAUAUAGCCAGUAGUGACGACGU